AUGAGUGAAAACGCCAAGCACCCCGUUGAAAUUGUGGACCUAGUCCCGCUGACUGAGCAGUCACCGUACAUGAAGCCACUUCGGUUGCACUACAAACAGAAUGGCAAACAGCUGACAUGGGACUGCAUCAAAACGCAUGACAGUGUGGCCAUCCUGAUCUUCAACUCAUCCCGAAAUGUGCUCGUCUUUGUGCGUCAAUUCCGUCCACCUGUCAUGCUGUCGGCCCUGUUCAACAGCAUGGACUCUAACAUGACCAACAUUAAGGAGAAGUUUGAAGAGAACGCCGCCAGUAUGAAUCCAAAUCUGGGCUUCACACUGGAGCUGUGCGCGGGCAUCAUCGACAAAGAAGGUCUCACUCCGACAGAGAUCGCCAGAGAGGAGGUCAUCGAGGAGACCGGCUACUCGCCCCCACUGGAGGCACUGCAUCUGAUCACGACCUGCCGAACUGGCGUCGGCUCAUCGGGCUCGUUACAGUACAUUUACUACUGCGAAGUAAAUGAUUCAAUGCGAGUCAGUCAGGGCGGUGGAAUUGACGACGAGUCCAUUGACGUGGUUGAGUUCUCCAUUGAAGAAAGUCGAAAGCAGAUCUACCAGUGCGACAAAAGUGCCGGCAUAGGGCGAACUCCUGGAUUUCGCUUGGCCAUCAGCUGGUUCAUUUACGAAAAGCUUCCUUCGCUGCAAUUGAACAAGUGA